AUGGCCAGUGAAAGUGUAGAGAUUGAUGAUGCUUGUUUAUGGGGAUCAACUAUAGAAAAGAUUUUUAUAGAUAUUAUGGUUGAUGAAGUGAAUAAAGGGAAUAUGAAAAAUGGUCAAUUUAGCUCAAAUUUAUGGAAGAAAAUUCUUGAGGACUUGCAAUGCAAAAGUAAGCGGAAUUACUCAAUGAAACAAGUUAAGCAAAAGUUUAAUAGGUUACGUACUAAGUAUCGCGAAUUUAAUGAGCUACGAAAACACACCGGAUUUGGAUGGGAUGGUCCAACACAAACUGUGGUUGCUCCAGAUGAAAUAUGGGAGAAUUAUUUGAGGGCACACCCAAAGGCGGCAAUCUAUCGCAAGAAAGGAUGUGAUCAUUAUGUAUUGUUGGAACUAAUUUUUAGUAAGUCUACUGCUAGUGGUAAAUUCCAUCGGUCUGCUGCUUUAGGUCCACCAAACACCGAUGAUGAAAAAGAAAUUGAAAAUGACUCUGAGCGCAUAGGCCUGAAUGACAUUGAUGAUAGUGCUAGUUUUAUGGGCACUCGGCUUGUUGAUGAAGUUUUUAGAAGUGAAGCAAAAACUUCUGUAACAAGUACAGAGCGAAAAGCUAAAAGACAAAGAUCAGAACAAAUGAGUGCUGCAAUUGCUGCUUGGACGGAAGUAGCUAAAGUAAGAGUUGAGACAACUUUAGCUAAAGCUGAAAAAAAUAAAAAUGCAAUUGAAGGGGGAAGUGGAAAUGAUGAAUUUUCUGUCACAAAAUGUAUGCAAGUACUUGAAGGAAUAGAGGGAGUUAGUGAUGAUGUCUACAUGAAAGCUGUGGAGAAGUUGCAGAAUUCUGUUUGGAGAGAGACCUUUAUUAAUAUGUCUACUCUUAGAAGGAGAGCUUGGCUAGAUAGAUUAGUUUAA